CCAGGAUUGACGGCCAAGGCACGCGCCUGGGCAUUGGACUGACCGAACGAACAAGACAUCUGCUGCUCUCGUACCAAAUCAUGCGUGCCUGAAGGUCUCUGCGUGUCCCGACACCGACCAUCAUCCUCGCCAUGCCAUGUCGCUAGCAUCACACGCCAACCCACCGCCCUUCCCAUGAGCUACGACGCCGCCUCGACACCGACUCCCGCAUCCUCUCCCUAGCUCGAGCACCUCUCACCUCCCACCACUGCUCCACGUAGUGCCUCGACUGCAACCAUGUCGAGCCAACCACCGGGCACCUUCCUCCCCAAUACCAAAGUUACCGUCGGCAGCCACAAAGUCUACAUUGAGAAAUACCUCUCCGAAGGCGGCUUCGCCCACGUCUACGUCGUCCGAAUCCCACGAGAUAACAACAAGCAUGAAAUCGCCGUGCUUAAGCGUGUCGCUGUGCCCGACAAAGAGCACUUGGCCAACAUGCGCACCGAAGUCGAAACUAUGAAGAAGCUUAAAGGACACAAGCACAUUGUCACAUACAUCGAUAGUCAUGCUAGUCAGCUGCCCGGAGGAGGUUACGAAGUUUUCCUACUUAUGGAGUACUGCAAAGGAGGCGGAUUGAUUGAUUUCAUGAACACGAGAUUGCAACAUCGUCUCACAGAACCCGAGAUCCUCAAAAUCUUUGGCGACUGCGCUGAGGGGUUGGCUUGUAUGCAUUAUCUGAAACCGCCUUUACUACACCGCGAUUUGAAAGUGGAGAAUGUUCUUAUUUCAAGAUCGCCGAGCGGGACGCCGGUCUACAAGCUGUGUGAUUUUGGAAGUACAGCUCCUCCAAGACCUGCGGCAAGGACAGCGGAGGAGGGGAGGUUAAUUGAGGAGGAUGUACAAAAACACACUACAAUGCAAUAUCGAAGUCCGGAAAUGAUUGAUGUGUGGAGGAAACAACCAAUCGACGAAAAGGCGGAUAUUUGGGCGCUGGGUGUGCUGUUAUACAAGCUAUGCUACUACACGACGCCUUUUGAGGCGGUGGGGCAGAUGGCUAUCUUGAAUGCGAGCUUCAAGUUCCCAGCGCAUCCGCAGUUCUCAGAAAGGUUGAAGAAGCUGAUUAGUUCGAUGUUGAAGGAGGAUCCGAAGAAUCGGCCGAAUAUUUAUCAGGUGCUGAAGGAGGUUUGCAGUAUGCGUGGUGUGCCGGUGCCGGUUCAGGAUAUUUAUGCGAAUCGGACACAGUCGGAGGUGCGAAGGAAUGAGGCUUUGCCAUCUCCUGAUGCCGUGUCGAAUGCUGCAGUUGGGCUCUCGAAAGCGGCGCCGCAGGUUCAAGUACAGCAGUUGCCAGAUAUCACUCCGAUGCGAAGAGGCAGGCCGACUGCGCCCGCUCAGCAAGGACCUGCGGCUGUGGCUUCUACCGCAUCUGCAGCUGCGAGGCCGGCACAAGGAGACCCAUUUGCGGCACUGGAUUCGAAGAACUACGACGAGCGAGCGGGUGCUGUGGACGAGCUGUCGAAGCGGUUCCCCAGUCUGGACGAGUUUGCGAUCGCUCACGACGGAGGCAAAUUUGCCUUCCCACCCACAUCUCCUCCUACAACAACAUCAUCCGCGAGGCCAGCUCAGAACAAUCUGAGCGAGAGAGUGACGAAUGCAUUGGCGGACGAGGUUUUCGGUGCAAAAGAGAAGCCAGCGCAAUCGAAGACUCAAGCUGCUCGGCCCGCGACUUCUGCUACAAACACACGAAGACCUUCGCCAGUUCGGACAUCGAACAAGCCCCCAACGAGCGAUCUUCGAUCUCCUCCGCUGCAACAUCCAAUGCCGAUGCGCAAUAUAUCUCCAUACAAGUCUACAGCUGUGGGAACAUCCCCUCCACCUACUGCUAUGAAGAAGAUGCCUGAUGUCAAUUCGCGGCCAAUCUGGCGAGUACCAGAGAGCAGUCGACCAGCGAGCCAGCCUCGAGCAUCAGAAGAUGCCCAAGCUGUGGCUGCUUCCUUGAAGCCAAGCCUGCCACCUACUCAGCGUCCAGCACUGCUAGAAGUGCAUCGUUCAAAAUCACAAACAGCCACCGUGCAGGCGGAUCACGCACACUCUUCUCGGCCAUCACUGGAAGGCGGCCGACCGUCUUCGCAGGACCUCGCACAAGCUAAUGAUAUCAGCCGCACCAAGUCUUUGAGCAACAGAUCGAGGCCUUCGAGCAUGUAUGUGAGCUCCAACAUGGAUUUCUUAAAGGAGCAAGAGCAGCAGCGCAAACGGCCUUCCUUGGAGAUUAGACGGCACAGUCGACAGCCUUCGCAGACGCGCGAGCCUGAGACGGAGGAAGCAGUCAUUAAUGAUGACAUGGAUUACCUGCGCAACACUGAGCAGAGCGAAAAAUCAUCGAAAGGGCAUCACAAGAAGAAGUCUAGUCUUGGGCAGAUCGGCAGCAAUGCCAAGAACAUGUUUGCUGGCCGUUUCGGCGAUGCAUUCAAGCGCUUCGAGAGUAGUGAAAAGCAGGGUCCCAUGACACCUGAAGCACGAGAACGUGAACAGGAGCCAGUGCUCUUGUCUCCGAUCACUGGCUCUGAGGCUACGCCAAGUCGACACUCGGAUCACGAGGAGGAGGAAGAGUUGCCGCCUGAAGUCAGACGAGAGCUUGAACGCAGGAGGCUGAUCGAGGAAGAGAAUCGCGUAGCUGCAGCUGCAGAGGAGUACAGGUCUCGCGUUGCGGCGCAGCCAAGCGGCGCACCAGCACCGACCCGAGCGAGCACUAUCCAGCAAAGGGUUCAGUCCUUGCUCGAUGAUGGACGACAAUCACCUGCUCCGCGACGAACAGCUGAAGGAUACGGGCGGUAUACUGAGUCCGACCCGCCACCUCAACCGCCACGGCCUGCUCAAGUACAGCAGCCACUGCAGAGCGGCUUCAAGCCUCCCAUCAUAUCGCAGAAGCCGACGGGCGUCAAUCCGAACACAUCAAACAAUCCUUACCCAAAGACGAGGCAACAGCUACCCGAGGUUCCAACUCCGAGCUACACUCCUCCGCCAGCUUCAGCACCCGCAGAGCAAGCUCCACUCCAGAGAGUCGUGUCGAGACCCAACGCACCUCCCAAACCGAAAGCGCUUCGAACCGGGGGACCAGUGCAAUGGCCACCUCCACAAUCUCCAGAGCAGGAAAAGACGCCACCAAGUAAACCUAGCGGCCUCGCAGCUCUUCUCGCGAAAGACCUUGAAGGCGUACCGGAUUAUCCUCCGGCUGGCAGCAGUGCGCCUCAACUGCAGUCCAACGCGCAAGCACCUUCGAAUCUGAUAGAGCUUUCUCCUACGUCACCGAAUGAUGUAGACAGCUUUAGUAAACGGUACCCGAGCUUGAGUGGGAUCGAAAUGGUGGAAACGGAAAUUGGAGGCGAGAGGAAAAUGAUGCGCGUUAAGGAGAUUUAGAGGGGCUCUUGGCAUGCGUAUCAAUAGAUGACUUGGGAUAUAAAGCGGGGGAAGACAGCUAUAUGGUAUGAGGAAGUGCUUGGUGGAUUAGCACGAAGCUCUGAUUGGGCAAAC